AUGGUCGCAUGCCGUGCUGACUUCGACGGCACUCACAACACAUUUCUUUUUUUUAUUGUAACAAACAACCCAAAUUAAUAUUGUUGUCGGAACAAUUUUUUUUGAAGAGAAGUGUCUGUUUUGAUAGUCUUUGGUGUAGUUUUUAUAGAGAAUUAAAAAAAUCAUAUUAUUGACAAUUUAAACUAAAAUUUCAACGUCGAAUGUGUAGAAUCAUAACAGAGGACUGAUCCUUUUGAGAAAAAAGAAACUUCGUCAUAAAACAAUUUAAGGGAGUCGCAGUAGUUUAGUGAAUUAGAAGUGGCAAAACUGAUACUAAACCAUUCGAUUCGGAAUUUAAGCAAGGACACUGUUUUUCAGGUUCACGAUACGAAAUACUUUGGCGUCAUUUUAUGUGUCAAAGCCAAAGAAAAACCAUCUCUAAAAAGAACGAAAUGCAGGGACAUUUGAAAUAAUGUAAAAAACUAAUUCGGAUUUAAAAAAAGGAAAGUUUCAAUUAAAAGUUUCUGUGUCGCCUUUGGAAAGUGGCCGAUUUAGAAACGUGAAUUAUGGAAAAAUACGAUAUAAUAUCGGUGGUGGGUGAAGGAAGUUAUGGUUUGGUGAUGCGAUGUCGACACCGUGACUCCGGUCAGUAUGUGGCGAUUAAAAAAUUUCUCGAAACCGAAGACGAUCCAACCGUGCGUAAAAUGGCCCUGAGAGAAAUACGAAUGUUAAAGAAAUUACGCCAUGAAAACUUAGUCAAUAUGAUCGAAGUAUUUCGGCGGAAGAAACGGUUUUUCCUCGUCUUUGAAUACCUAGAGCAUACGGUUCUUGAGGAAUUGGAGGCAAGGAGCGGAGGCCUAGGCUAUAUUACAUCACGGAAAUAUAUUUAUCAAGUUUUACGUGCUUUGGAUUUCAUCCAUUCGCAUGAUGUGAUUCAUCGUGACAUAAAACCGGAAAAUGUGUUGGUCUCCCGUUUGGGUGUGAUAAAGCUAUGUGAUUUUGGAUUUGCUCGACCAUAUUCGGAAAAUGAAACGUUCACGGAUUAUGUUGCGACUCGUUGGUAUCGUUCUCCCGAGUUAUUAGUUGGUGACCGAUAUGGCAAAGAGGUGGACAUUUGGGCCAUUGGUUGUUUAUAUUGUGAAAUGAUGACUGGCGAACCAUUAUUUCCGGGUGAAAGUGAUAUCGAUCAGUUAUUCCAAAUAGUUCGUAUUCUUGGCAAAUUAAGUUCACGCCAUCAAAUUUUGAUAAUGCGAAAUGCAAUGUUUCGUGGCAUGAAACAAGAGCAAAAUACAAGCUUAACGCAAAUGUUUCCAAAUUGGAAUCGUGACAGCAUUGAUUUUUUAAUUCAAUGCUUAAAAAUGGAUGGCAAUGCUCGACCCGACACCGCUAAACUUUUAAAACAUGAUUUAUUUGUGCGUGAUAAUUUCAUCGACAAUUUCUUGAGUGAACUUCGUGCAAAACUUGCACAAGAGAUGCAAGUGAAUCCAUUACUUAAACGUAUACCAAGCUAUGGUUCAAAUGGACGAUGGAAUAACGAUGAAAAAAAGUCAACAAACAUCGAUUCAAAUAAAAAUCCAAAAAAAUCAAGCGGAAGAGACAAAAAAACGAAUGAAAAGCCAAAUAAAGUGAACCUCUCCGUGUUAUCAACGCAAUUACUUCAACCGGUUGUGGCAAAAUCAAUACAACAACAACCAUCGUCCGAAACGAAUACUACACAAAAUAAACUGUCAAAUGGUGAUUCGGCGAACGAUAAGGUCAACGCUAAUGAUGAAUUGUUGAAUGCAAAUCUAUCAUCGAAUAAACAAUCCAAUAGCACAAUUAAUGGUGAUGUUAAUCAGUCAGCAAAUGAUAUGACCAAUAAACAAAUUUCGAUAAAUAAUCUAACGUUCAAGGAUGGUAAUAAAUAUUCAAGAAUUUUAUCAGCCAAAUUGAAUAAAUCGAACGGAGUGAGCGGUGAAAAAGGUCAAACACUUCAACCACCAUCAUCACCAAUUCCAUUCCAAUCGCUUCAACCGGAAUCGUUGCUUACGUCUACCGAACUUACAAGUACUCUGCUUCAAAAUAAACGUCUUUCGCCUGUCACGAACAUCAUCACCACCACCUACAACAACAACAAUACAAAUGCUGCCAAUAAUAACGCCACCGUCAGUAAUGCACUUCUACUCAAUGGACAAAAUCUACCACAACAAUACUUCAAUUAUCGACGGCAUUCGAAUGUGCUUGGUGUUUCCGAUCAGAUUACCUUCCCCAAAGCCAAUCAACUAAGCAAAUCCAUUGUAAAUCAAUCAACCAAUCAAAUUCCAUUCAAUGUUCGGGCUGGCGGUGUUAUCACCAAACGCGAUCGAGACCGUGAUCGAUCACAAAAUCUCAUCGAUGCCACAUUGAAACCAUUGAAUAGCACCACUUUGAAUUCCAUUUUAGCUCAUGAUACCAGCACACAAAAUGUACAACAAGUCAAAGAUUCCAGUCCGCGUUUACUACCACCACCGCAAUGGUUGACGGGCAAUUUAAAAUUUACCGCACAAGGAAAAAUCGGGAAUGCAAUCAAUGCAACAAAUGCCAAUAGCAAACGACGAAUCACCGAUUGGAAGAGUGUUGGCCUUACCAACAAUAAUAUUGGAACAACGCACAAACACAACGAUAGUAUUAAUAGCAACAGCAAUGAUCUCGUACUCCCCAAUUGUCCAGGCGCAAUAAGUCCAAAGAAAUUGAAUAGUAAUAGUUUGAAGAAGAAACUCUCAACGUUAUCGAGCAUAUACCAGGAAUCAAAUCAUAACCUUACUACUACACCGCGAAAUUUUUCAGCAUCUUCGGACCAUAUAAAUGAGACAUAACGUUAACGGCAUCGUCAUUGCCUUUAAUAAAAAGGUGAUUGAUGGUGCUGUAAUGUUGCUUAAUUGGAUGAUAAGAAUCUGAGAGACGGCUGGUGUUGUUGUGCCAAAAAUUCGUUACGAAAUUCAAUUUAAUUCAAAAGUCAAAAAUGUCUUUUUUCUCAAUUGUGUAAGAUCUUGUUCACUUUAUCUUCAGCGAAAACAAAAACUAUUUUCAAUUGCUACUCCAGGAUAAUAUUCUCUCUGUAAAAAGUAUACUCAUGUUAGACCGUAAAUUUGGCUAGUAAGUAAGACUCAGUAAGGGAUUGAACUAAAAAUUGAGCAAAAGCUAUGCGAACCCACUUAAAAUUGCAGUUAUUUGAACGCUCCAACCGUGAAUAGUGGGAAGGUAAGUUGGUGCUCCCA